AGGCCGCAUGCGAAGCCAUCAGAGGAGUUCCCGGUGAGGGAGUUUGAGGUCACAAACUCGUGCGAGUCCUUGUUCUGCUGCUGCACCCAGAAGGACAACAUGACCUUGGAGCCGGACAAGAUGGUUCUCAAGAAGACCAACUGCAUGGGCGAAUCCGUGAACAGCAUGCCUUACGCGCAGUUGCAGUCCGUGGAUGAGGGCCGCUGCUGUUAUUGCUGCCGCGGGGUAAAUGGCAUCAUCCCGGGCUGCGGGUGCGCCGGGGACAAGGUCGCGGACCUCGCGCAGGAGCUGCAGCAGCGCAAGUUGGGGCGCGGUGACGUGGCCCAGCUGAAGAACCAGGAGAACACCAUGCUCAACGCGGUUGAGCUGUCCGUGCGCACGAACACCGUCAUGAAGAGAGAAGGCGUCCAGUUUCCGCCCAGCCAGGAGACUAUGAAGGCGGACUAUGGGCCUGCGUUCACUCUGCCGCAUCUCGCCUUUGCUUUCAUUUGA